AUGAGCGACAACGUGAUGCGAGCCAAUGAGAAUGUCCGGCGGCGCGCUGCGUACGUGCCCGAGUUCCUGAACCCACUGCUCAUCAGCGACGACCAGCCGAUCAUGAAGACCGAGGCGCGCAUGCGCAUUCUCGAGCGCGCAGCUCAUGUGAACAUGACCUAG